AUGCCACAAUUAGUACCUUUUUAUUUUGUUAAUUUAUUAACAUUUGGAAUAUUAACUAUAACUUUCUUAUUAUACAUAGUUUCAACAAAAUUAUUACCUAAUAUUGUUAAAUUAUUAUUAACAAGAUCUAUAAUAGUUAAUUUAUAA